AUGAAAUUGAAUUCUAAUGCUGCUAAAUUCUAUCAAUGGUUUGGAAUUUCAACAGCAAGAAUGAUUAUUGCUUCAGAACUUGGAAAUACCGCUAUCCAAAUGAUUUUGUUGAAUGGUUCUUUAGAAAAUACUCAGAUUUCUUAUGAUGAACUCGUUCAAAGAACACAUAUUUUGUUAUUUGCAAUGCAAGAAACAAAUGGAAUAUUAAUGAAUGGUAAUAAUGAAACAGAUAAAAUGAUUGGAUAUAAUGAUGAAUUAGAUUCAUUCCAAAUCCAUGAAACAUGCAUAUAUGAACAAAAUCCUGAUUCCGUUCAUGAUAUGUAUGCAUGUGCAAGUUUGAACAAUCAAAUCAACAUGUUCAUUCAAAUAAUCAAAGAUGUAAUGAACCAACCAAAGAAAUACAAAGGAGAACUAAUCAAUGAAUUCUCAAUGAACUUGUUACAUAUGUUAGAAAGCCAUAUUUAUCCAAAUAUUUAUCAAGUUUCUGAGAAACUCAAAGAAAUUAUUAUUAAUGAUUAUAACACAAAAAGUAAUGCUUGUUUAGCUUACUUGAUUGUUGGUUUAGUUGUUAUUGUUAUGUUCUUGUUUGCAUCAUUAAGUUACAGAUCUCUUUUGAAUGAGAACUAUACUGAAUUAUUAGUUUUAAUUCAGCACUUAAGUCCACAAGCAAUCAUUGAUUCUAAAGAAUUAAUGGACUUCUUGAGAAGAGAAAAUGGUUCAAAAUCAAAUGAAAGAAUGUCUAUUUCUAAGUCAAUUGUUUAUGGUGCAAGUGAAUCAAUUAUUAUUACUAAUCAUAAUGGAACUGUUGAAAUAAUUAAUCCAAGUUUAACAGAUAACUUAGGUUUCAAACCAGACCAAGUUUUAGGUCAACAUAUACAAAACUUCCUUGCAACAAGUUCUCAACAAAAAGUUUUGUCGCAAAUCGAAUUGAUGAUGAAUGGACAAGGUUCUUCUAUUUGGCAAGAUCAUAUUGAGUUAAUUAAUGACUCAGGAAAAGUUGUUCCUUUCAUGGUAUCUAUGAUAGGAAUGAAGGAUUCUGAUACUUCAUCUACAAUUGAUUCAAUUGUUUUCAUUUUAUCAAAUGAAACAGAAGAAAUCAAACAACGCGAACAGGCUGAAAUUGCUAAACAAAAAUCAGAAAAAUUGUUGUAUCAAAUUUUGCCAAAAGAUAUCGUUAUCAGAUUGAAUAGAGGCGAGAAAGACAUUUCUUUCACAAUCCCUCAGGCAACAGUUUUCUUCAUUGACAUUGUAAAGUUCUCAAAUUAUACUGCUUCACUUUCCCCGUCAGAAAUCAUGGCAAAUUUGAGUACUGUUUUUGCCACUUUUGACAGAAUUGUUUCUGGAUAUGAAUUGAUCACUAAAAUCAAAUUGAUUGGUGAUGUUUAUAUGGCAGCAAGUGGUUUGUUCAUUACAGAAACAGAUGAGAAAACAAAUCACGCUGAACAAGCUGUCAGAUGUUGUUUAGACAUUGCAAAUGAAAUGGAUUCAAUCAACGCCAAAUUAGAAUCUCAUCUUGAAGUGAGAAUUGGUGUUAACAGCGGCGGUCCUUUGAUUGGCGGUGUCUUAGGUACUGAUAAACCAACAUUCGAUAUCAUUGGAGACACAAUUAAUGUCGCUGCAAGAUUGCAAAGUAUUGAUAUCCCUGGAAAAGUCCAGAUUUCUAAGGAAACAAAAGAAUUAAUCCAGGAUUUAGACCUUGUUUUCGAAGAACGCGGAGAGGUCUUCUUGAAAGGAAAAGGAAAUAGAACAACUUACUUUGUUCGUUAUCCUUCUGCAAAUAAUGGUAAUGAAUCAUUUGCCAUUAACAUGUUCUCUGGUCAACUGAAUUGA